AAUCUUGCUUGACUUCAGUGGCGCAUCGGGCAUUAUCCGAGACAACUAAAUCCAACUCGCCUUCGUUUUGGGGGCUACUACGGCAAGCGGGAGGGCGAAAAGCGUUAAUGUUUGGAGUCUGGUUUCCCGGUUUGUGUUUUGUCAGGGUCUGGGUGUACUGGUUGGGCGGGGGGAAGUUGGCUGGACCAUGUCGGCCUUCGAGAAGCCUCAGAUCAUCUCCCAUAUUCAGAAGGGCCUCAACUACACGGUGUUUGACUGUAAGUGGGUGCCCUGCAGCGCCAAAUUUGUGACCAUGGGCAACUUCGCACGGGGCACCGGCGUCAUUCAACUGUAUGAGAUCCAGCACGGGGACCUAAAGCUGCUUCGGGAGAUUGAAAAGGCCAAACCCAUUAAGUGUGGAACAUUUGGUGCAACAUCUUUACAGCAGAGAUAUUUAGCUACUGGAGAUUUUGCUGGAAACCUUCAUAUAUGGAAUUUGGAAGCUCCAGAGAUCCCAGUAUAUUCUGUAAAGGGCCAUAAAGAAAUUAUAAAUACCAUAGAUGGUGUAGGCGGACUGGGAAUUGGGGAAGGUGCACCUGAAAUAGUGACUGGCAGCCGAGAUGGAACUGUGAAGGUGUGGGACCCAAGGCAAAAAGAUGAUCCUGUUGCCAAUAUGGAACCUGUACAAGGAGAAAACAAGAGAGACUGUUGGACUGUGGCAUUUGGCAAUGCUUAUAAUCAAGAGGAGCGUGUUGUUUGUGCUGGCUAUGACAAUGGGGAUAUCAAACUGUUUGAUCUCAGAAAUAUGUCAUUGCGGUGGGAGACAAACAUAAAAAAUGGGGUAUGUAGCUUGGAGUUUGACAGAAAAGACAUAAGUAUGAAUAAAUUGGUAGCUACAUCACUGGAAGGAAAGUUUCAUGUUUUUGAUAUGAGAACACAGCAUCCAACCAAAGGUUUUGCCUCUGUUUCAGAAAAGGCCCAUAAAUCAACUGUGUGGCAAGUCCGACACCUGCCACAGAACAGAGAGCUCUUUCUGACUGCUGGAGGCGCCGGCAGCCUUCACCUCUGGAAGUACGAAUACCCUAUUCAGCGGUCAAAGAAAGAUUCUGAGGGAGUAGAGAUGGGAGUUGCCGGCUCCGUCAGCCUUCUGCAGAAUGUCACCUUGUCUACCCAGCCCAUUUCCAGUUUGGACUGGAGUCCAGAUAAAAGGGGUCUCUGCGUCUGUAGUUCAUUUGAUCAAAUGGUAAGAGUACUGAUUGUUACAAAACUCCAUAAAAUUUGAUCUAAAGACUUUGGACUUGAAACCUUCCAGAAGAACACUCAUAGUAUUUAGAAUGUGCCCUGGAAUCCUCUGACCUUCACUGAACAAAGUUGGAUUUGACUGAGAAAACAAGCCCCAGAUGCAAACAUCCAGACUAGCCCGUCUCUGGGUGGGAAAUGCCGAGAGGUGUGUUCCAGCAACCUGACUGGACACCGGUUUGCGGUUUGUUAGCGCACGGGGCACCGCUGUCUCCAGGGCCAGCUCUGUUCAUCUCCCCUCUGUUUCUAAGAAAAAGUUGAUACUUGUCUAUAUUCAAACAUAUUUUUAAUUUGUUCUUCAUCACCAGAGUUAUAAUACUUUACCAUAACACCUAGUUUAAAAUUGUUUGUUUUGGUAAAACUACUGUGAAUUAACCUUCAUAAAUAUACUUUGAGAGAUUUCAGUGUCAGUAAGUUUCUGGAAAGAAUAGUACUUUAUAAAAUACCAAAAUGUCAUGGUCAGACUAGAUUUGGGUAACGGUUUUUAGCCGUAUAACUCAUAAAAUGAAAUAUUAUUUACAAUGACCUCUUUUUACUUCAGAAAUAAGAGUAAAAUUAGACUUUUGCUUAUUGAGUGGUAAGUGAUGUUGAGAUGUAUAAGAUUGUGGGGUUUUCUAGCCUUAUUUUUUGUCACAUCUUUUUAUAUAUUUUAUGAAUAAAUUUGUUUUUUGAAAUCUA